AUGGCCGAACUCCCACCCCAAAUCCCUGUAGUAACCCGACAAUCUGACGGCUCCAAACUCCACGAGAUCUCUGGUCACAAGUACAAAGCAGUGCUCCUCACCCAGCCAAGCUUCUGUUCCUACUGCAACAAGUUCAUUUAUGGCCUUGGAAAGCAGGGAUAUCAAUGUCAACUCUGCGACGGUGUCGUCCAUAAACGAUGCCAUUCGUCAGUUGUCGCGCGUUGCACGUGCGCUCCACAGGUAAUCGAUGCUCCGGAGCAACUUGCUUCAGACGACACCAACAAUCACAACUUCUCAGCGCACUUCUAUACGCUCCCAACAUUCUGUGGACACUGUGGAAGUCUACUUUACGGAUGCGUCCGACAAGGAGUCCGAUGCACUGAUUGCAGUGUGAACGUUCAUCAUCGGUGUCAGGAGAAGGCGAUGCACAAUUGUACCUGA